AUGGUUCGUCUGCCUUUACAGUGUCUUGUCUGGGGCUGCUUGUUGACCGCUGUCCAUCCUGAGCCUCCAUGCAGACCAGAGCAGUACCAAGUAAACGGUCGAUGCUGUGACUUGUGCCCUCCAGGAAAGAAAUUGGUAAAUGAUUGUGCAGAGAACAUCGACACUGAGUGCCAGUCUUGCCGGGAGGGCGAAUUCCUGAGCAGCCUCAACAGAGCAAGACGCUGUCACCCCCACAAAUACUGUGACCCCAACCUAGGGCUCAAGGUCCAGAAGGAGGGCACAGUGGACACAGAUACCACCUGUGUCUGUGAGGAAGGUUGGCACUGUGCCAGCGAUGCCUGCGAGAGAUGCAUCCAGCAUAGACUCUGCCACCCUGGCUUUGGGGUCCAGGAGCUUGGCACAGGCGUUUCUGAUACCGUCUGCGAACCAUGCCCAAUCGGCCAUUUCUCCAACGUGUCAUCUGCUUUGGAAAAGUGUCACCCUUGGACAAGCUGCAGUUCCAAAGACCUGGUAGAAUUGAGAGCUGGGACAAACAUGACAGAUGCCAUCUGUGGUUCCUGGCCUCGGUCCAGAGCUCUGGUGGCGAUCCCCAUCACCACAGCAGUCCUGUUUGCUGUCCUCUUUCUGUCUGUCUUUAUCAGUAAGGUGGUCAAGAAGCCACCCAAUAAGGUAAGCCCCCAUCUGGAGGUAAAGAAGUAUCCGGUAGAGAUAGAUUUUAAAGACAACCCCACCACCAACACAACUGCGCCGGUGCAGGAGACGCUACAAGGAUGCCAGCCGGUGGCCCAGGAGGAUGGUAAAGAGAGCCGCAUCUCGGUGCAGGAGAGACAGUGA